UAUAAGGCUAAAGGUAAACCCAGGUGUGACAGAACACCAGCCCCAUACAAACAGGACAUAACAAGCUACUGACACAAGACGAUAGAACUACCAGCUGGAUGAACAUGUUGCUAUCCACUGCGCUUGCCCUCUGUUACCUGUCAUGCGUGUUGGGAUACACAGUGACCAUUUACCCAGAGUAUCUAGUACAGGGAGGAAGAACCAACUUCGACCCUGAUAGGUGGAAUGGUAAAAUGGGGCUGGACAAUCCCGGGAUUUUACCCUACGUGAAGAAAACUGGAGCUCGCACUGGAAGAUGGCUCAAUUCAGAUUUAGGCUAUUUUGACAAGGUGACAGAGGAUCCAAAACGAACUGGGUACCCGAAUCCCGCCUUCUUCCAAGACGCCCAGUUCCAACACAAUUUGGUUGAGAAAUAUCUCGACAAUUUGAAUGGAUAUGGAAAACACAGACCAAUCAUGCUUGAACUGAAAGGUUACCAAUGGCCUCACUGGAUGGACACAUCUGAACAUAAAGGCAAUUUUCCAAACAAUCUUGAUGCUGCAGCAGAAACAAUUUCUCUGUUCGUCCAGGCAAUACACAACGGGACCAAUGGCGCCGUCCCUCCCUAUUUUGAACCAAUCAAUGAGCCAAACACUCUGGCGAAAUUGGACGUCAAUUGGACAACCAUAGUGAAUGUAUUCGAGCUUGUUGCCAAGAAGGUAAAAGCCGUACACCCCAAUGUAAGAAUAGGCGGACCUGCCUUUACAGCUGGAAUAACUACAAUGGAUAAAUGGAACUUCAAUAAAUGGAGCACGAUUACUCAAUUCAUGAACAUGUCUCUUGGCCUACUGGACUUUUUUUCAUUCCAUCCUUUCAAUCACUUUAGUGUUCAGGGUAACAGGCAUCACUUUUACGGCCCGAAUGAGGCGCGGCUGGUUGGAACAGUGGACAUGGUGGAAACGUACGCUAAUAUGAUAUCAGGGAAAGAUAUUCCAGUCAUAUUCUCAGCUCAUGGUCUAUCAACAGUCACAGGCAUCGAUGUUCAGAAACCAUCGACCUUUCUGGACUGGGCCUACAUCAACCUUCACAACUCAAAUAUAUUCACCUUUCUUGAGCUUCGAUACGUGGUGGAGAGAGCCGUGUCCUUCCUUCUCAAUUACACAGAUAGGAAAGGACAAGAAAGCAUCAACUACAGCAUCCUGGACAAACAUCACAACGAGAGAGACAUCGCUCUGGCCUUCCACCUGUGGGAGAACCUCACCAGCACUAUGAAGUUUCUCAGAUCUGAGAGCCAGUUCCACCAGGCAGAGCGGCAAAUACAGAGUCAUGUCCUUGUGGAGCCAACUUCCAAAAUGCUAACCAUUCUGCUACACAACUAUGACACAGCACAAGCUAAUGUCACAUUAGCUUUUGACAAAGGGUGGGAAACCUUGACCCAAGGGACAUCAACCUGUUUGUAUCUCAACAACAGAAAGGCCACUCAACUGGAUAAGGAAGUACCUGUCCAUGUCAAAGGAAAUCACGUGACUGUCCCUCCAGAAGCCACAUGCUUCCUACAGUUUCCCACAGGCUACAGGUUUACUCAUGUUCCUUUGGUCUAUGAAAGUGUGCAUUAUGGAGACAACAUGCUGGUAACAAUUGACAAGAAAACAGCUCACAUGAAUAUCAUGCUCGACAGCAGCGAUCUUCAACACAUCAUGGUUGCUAGACUUCGCAUUUCAGUAAGUAUCCUAGAUCAUGCUGCCAAUUGUAUUCCAGCUUCAAUGACCAUCAACGGAAUUACGCUGCAUUCGUUCUACAUACUCCACAACCCGAGCAACAAUGACACCCAGAGACUCUGGGCAACAAUAGAGUAUCAUGUUCCAACUGCCAUUCUCAAGACUGCCAAUGCUGUCAGCAUGACCUUUGCUCAGGACAAAGGCCGUGUUGCUGCAAUUGCUCUGUCACUGAGGAAAGUCCAAGGACCCUCCAGUCGGAUGCCUUGACAUCUUAAAUCAGACCUCAAUGAAACGAUUCAGUUGCAUAAAAAGGUAUAUCCCAGAGUUCUCUGAAAGGUUUCCUUAAGGUAAACACAUGCUAGAUGGAAAUACGACGGCUGUUUUAUUAAUUCCGGUUAUGUAGAAAUGUUGGUGUAGCAGUAAUUGAUUAAACUGAUUUAAAGACA